CUCCAUCACUAUAUUUUGACUUUAGCGAAUUUGUGUAAACUCUAACUUCUUCAUCACUUUCUUAUAUCUCAACGCAUCUCGGAGUUUUAAGCACUAGCGUAGAAGUCCAAGGUUGUAUGGUUCUCCUGCAAUCAGCACAACGAAUCCUCCGGGUGCAGUCAGACCUACAGCACGGCGUUCUCCGAACUAUGAAGGUUUUGUGUGGUACAGAUAUUGGAAUGAAGAAGGAAUUAGUGACACUAAUGUGCCGCAAGCCUGCGACCUCUUCACCUAACCUUCGUUCUGCCGUGCUCACUGCUUCUCCUACGUCGGCCGCCAUCAACCCGUUUUUGAGGGUAACGCGACUUGUUUCAAGCUUCAUUCUUCUUUGCAUUAUGGAUGUCAAUCAUGUCACGAAACAUUACGGUUAUGUUACACAAGAAGAAGUCAUGAAGCUUAUAAAUCACCCCCAUAUUACAGAACAAGAUGUGCAGAAGUUUUACACAAGGGUUGGCCCAGAGCUGGAGAGGGUAUUUGGCACUACUGAACUUUUCAGCGAGAUUGAUACGAUUGUAGCCAUGUCAGUAAGGCACGAGAAACUGAAAAACAGAAAGGCAGAAAACACGUUGAAGCUGGGCCUUUACUUCAUGUGCAUUCAGUACAUGUACAGCCAAAAGGAGAUUUUGAAAAUAUACCAUUUGCUGUAUUUGGUAAGAUUCAGGUUCAUUAUCGAAACAUCACUACUGGAGAACCGAUGCACCUUGAUGUUUACAACCGAAGUAUUUGAUGAUGCUGACAACAUAAGCCCAAGUGGUGGUUAUUUAACUCUUGGUUGGCCUGAUUCUAUGAACAAUUAUACUGAUUUGUGGGUGACAUUGCACAGAACAACUAUAGAAGUCGAUCUCAGUCUCAUAAUUGGGAAUGUUGUUGUUCCGUUUGCUCAAGAUUUUUUUUUGGUGGAGGGUACAACUGAAGGCGAUUUUGAAGAAUUAAGAUCAAAACAAUUAUGUACCACUACCAAACUUUGCUCUGCUACCUUGAGUUAUAUUGCAAUGCCAUUUGGUGCCCUAUGCAAAGUGCGUGUUCGAUUCUCUAGCAGAGACGAGGGCCUCGUAGUUAAUCUUGCUGGGAAAAUUGUUGCGCGAUAUAAGAACACUUGUGGAAACUAUAACUCAGAACCGUGCGUUCUUUUUGAGAAGAAGAAUGGCUUUGAAGCAGUAAAUAUGAAGGAACGCCUGUGUAUGUCAAGAAGAUGGUUGGGACUGCAUGCAUAUUCAUCACUUGAAAUUGAUCUGGACUUGACAGACUUCAACACAGGGAAAAAGCUUGCUAAUAAAACAGUAGAAGUGUUUUGCAGGGAUGAAAUAUAUGCAGGUGAAUGUGCAGUGGAUGUGGGUGGUUUUGCGAUUGUUGUGGAUGCGAGCCUGUUUCCGUUUCCACAUUGCGGUUGGAGUGAUUGGGACAAUGUCAAGUAUGAUAACAAAUCGUUUUCAUCCAAGAAUGGAAACCCUAGGUCUCUUGAUCAAGAUCGAGAAAGUAUACUGAGACCAUCAGAUUUAGUAGAAUUCUACUCACUCUUUAUCGGCUGCAAAACAAUGGGGACAGCAUUGAACAUUAUUGGCACUGUUGAAUUCUCUUCCGAUAAUAAUACUCACUACCUGUUCCAGAGGAUGGGUGAUGAUGGUGUGGAAGUAGAAGAUUCACAGAAAGUUUUACCAUUGAACGAUGUGUAUACACUUUUUGAUGAGUGUAGCACACUUGAAAUGAAGGUCAAUCUGGAAGAUGUUGGUGGGAAAUUUCAGAAUAGAGGUUUUGCUACUUAUGGUCUUGGAUCUCGUCCCCAUAGACCAUUUUAUAAUACCCAAAUAUGUUCUGUUUUUCCGGGCAAAGAGGGGUUUUGUGCAUUGAAUUACUCCCUGCUCUCAAGAGCUUGUCAAGCGAACAUCGAGAUCAUUUUCAAGAUUAAAAGUGAUCAUUCCGGGGUUGACAAGAUCUAUGGAAGUGCAGUCACGCGAUAUAGUAACUUUGACUACUCAACUAAGUUCAUGAAAGAUUAUUUUCAGAGCGUGCUUUUCAAAAGGACUGAAAAGGAUUCAGUAGGAUUAAAGGAUAAUGGGAGAGUACCACUUUCUCGAUGUAAAGUUGCGGUGCCAAUAGAUUCGUCCCUCAUUAUCGAAGUAGAUUUUUGUGGCAUGUCUUUGACAAAUCAUCUCUUUUGCAUGAAAGUGUUCGAGAUUGGAUGUUGCUCCUUUAAGACGGAGACAAAUGAUUAUAAACUUCGCAUCAACUUGACUUGGAGUGAUGGAUUGCGCUAUGAGGGGAGUGAUUCAGACGAAGACAAGAUGUUGACACCUCUCCCUACCGAGAAGUUCUCAGACGGAAUUCAUUGGCUCUCUUGGUUGUGAUGACAAAGCGAUAACAGUAAUCUUGGAAAAGUGCAAGUUAAGGAUUCCCUAUUCAAUGCACAAUGUAUUAUUGGGUUUGUUGGUGAUGAUUUUGUUAUUGUUGAUGCGGGAUUGCAUGAUGGGUGGAGUGAAUCAGACAAAGACCAGGUGUUACAUUGGCAAUGCAUGCUGCUGAUAUGAAGACGUCACCGUUCUGAUGCAAGUAUUUGGAUGUCAAGUGUUGUGGUUCGUCUCUCUCUUUGGCUUUGUUGAGUACUGUUGGUGAGGAAAGCUUGAAAAGAGAGGCCAAAACAUUCAAUAACAAAGGUAAGAGUAAAAAUGCUAAAGUGGGAAAGCUCAUUCAAAAAGCAGUUGAAAACCUCAACUGGGAAAAGGAAAGAGAGAAGGCCUACUUGGUGUGUUAGUCUCUCCUCAAAUCCUUUUUUUAUUUGCAUUUUGACACCAUCUUUUCGUUUGCAUUUUAACGCCAUCUUUGCGGCACUACGAGGUGUAAUGCGACUUAAAUUUAGCAUUAGAUUAUGAUAUCAUGCCACCCGCAAUUAGGUACAUUUACAUUAUACUGUACUAUAUUUAUUGCGCCUAUGAGUGUGUCCUCCUCU